GCCUGCCGCCACGCUCCAUCCCGCCCGAUUUAUGCAGCCGAUGAUGACUUGAUUUCUCCAAACGCAUCCUGCACCCCGCGAACCCUUACCUUGUUCAGUUGUUCUCGUGGCCUUCCCUGCUACCCCGAUCCAACCUGGAAGUGCGCAAGGUCGAAGAGAGCCUCGACUUGACUCCGCCGCCUGACGGACUCCGACAUAUCAGCCGCCCUCCAGAGCACCAGGUGUGGGCACAGUCAACACCAUGUCGGUGUUCUCUAUGAUCAAGAAAGGCCGCCAGGCUGCCAAGGAGCAUCGUGCGGAGCUGGCCAAGAAGGAGAAGGAUGAAGCACAAAAGCCUCCCUACAAGCACAUACCCACGCAUGCUGCCAUCGACGCCCUGUCAGGCGGGCCAGCCGGCUGGAGGGAAAACGACAGAGCAAGGAUACUUGAGCAGAACCGGAGACGCAGCGCCAUGACGGCUAGCGGCAUCGGCAUGAGCGGCGUCUCGACGCCUAUGCAUGCGGGCAUGCCUCGCGUGCACAGCGCUCUUUCCAACGUCUCAUACCCGUCAGCCUACGCGACGCCCGUCGUGCAUGUGCCCCGGAAUUACAGCUACAGCAGCAUGCCGCCGGGCUGGGCCCUACAUUCGAGGGAGUUCAGCUACAGCCCCAUCGACAUGGCGACCACCUCGCCAAAGGGCAAGGAGGUUGAGAGGAUCAUCGACUCGUCGCGCACAAGCCGGUCCUCCAGCAAGGUGUCAGCUGGCCGGAUCCCGCUCCCGCCCAGUGGGCAGUUGGGAAGUGUCGAUGGCUCACCGUCACCCGUCGAAAGCUCGGGCAACUCGACCAGCUCGCAGGACGACUUGGAGAUGAAGCCGGUGGUUAGGCACAGUCUCCCGGUCCCUCCCCCGCCCUCCAGUGUUGCCCAGCCUGCCAGACUUACGAGCGGCACCGAACACAUCCACAGACUGCAUCCUGGUCGUUCGCGCAGAGUAUCCGACCCGACCCAGUCCGCCGCGGCACCCCGACGCCCACUUGCUGACGAUAUCCCUCCUGUUCCGGCGCUUCCACCCAUAGAGUUCGGCACCGCCAUCACCACGCCGGAGGCGUUCUCAUCGGCCACUUCCAGCGCCAGUUCGGUCACUACGGCGCCCGUUGGAUCGAGUGCGUCGCUUUCCGCCAAGAUUGUGCCAGCGAUUGCAACUCCAACUGUGCUCCAGACGGAGGAAGUGGAGGCGCCCCGGCAGGCGGAGCUUGUCACGGGAGAAUCCUCGGGCGAGGAAGAGGUUGCGCCCGCUACCCCGGCUGCUUCGAGCGUCCCGACGGCGGUGGUCGGCUCCCCGAAAAAGGCACGGAGAACAUCGAAGAUAGCCAGGUUCGCCGAACUCGAGCCGAUCAAAUCCAACACAACGGUGACCCUCGAGCCGACCACGCCCCUGCCGGAGCAGGCGACAAAAGAGAAAGAGCAGAAGAGACGACCUACGUCGACAGCCACGGCCCUUCCGACGAGCUUUGACGAAAGCGCCCUGUCCACGCCCAAGGAGAUUGCUCUGCCCACUUCCAAACCUGGCAAGCUCUCCAAGGGCCCCGCAGCGGUGAACGGGAAGCUGGUGAAGAAGAACCGCUGGUCGCUAAGGAACAGCAAGAGCACUGCCGUGGCCGUCUGAGCAUGGAUUUCUGGCCAUAUCCGCCUGGGCAGGUACCCUUUUUUUGCUAGGACGCAUCGUCACUUAAGACACUCUGUCUUGUCUGCCUGU